AUGGAUCUUCCUUUGUUCGGGUGCCCAAAUCCCUCCAUCGAUGCUCGUAUCUCUGGGGUUUUCCAAGUGAUUCGCAAGAUUGAUGAGACGCUUUUUUCAUGUACCAGACAUCCCAACUGCACUUCGGCGCUUCUCGCUGGGGCUGAUCUUGCAUUGGGGUGCAUCAGUGUGUAUGAUGCGAAGGUCAUGGAAUGUGGGGACAUUUUGUGUCUCCUUUUGGAUGAGGCAGCUUGGUGGAAAUUCAAUCCCGAUUUGGGAAACUCCUUGUCACCCAAAAUUGUCGAACUGUGCGCUGGCACUGGCGCGAUGAGCAUGGGAGCUAAGUAUCUAGGGGCCGACCCCAUCUUGGCUGUUGAUUGGAAUCCCAAAGCUGUUGAUUUGUUGUCUGCCAACCACCCUGGCACCACCCUUCAACUUGACCUGACUAGCAGUGAUGCAGCUCGGCAGAUUCAUGCCGCUUGUGAGGGCAGACCAGGAACCAUCUUCAUGGGCUUCCCCUGCCAACCACAUUCUCAACAAGGCCAGCAGUUGGGCUGUGGUGACUCACGUGCUGAAGUGCUAUGGCAUGGCUUGCACAUCGCCUUCAUGCUCCAAACACAAUCCCUCAUUUUGGAGUGCACGCCCUUGGCCGGGGACAACAUCGAGAUCCAGAACAGCCUAGCUUCCUUAGCUGCAGCAAUGGGUUGGGUCGUCAAGACGGUUGUCAUUGAUUUGUUGGAUGUUUGGCCUUGCAAACGGCAACGUUGGUGGGCGCUUUUGUUUCCCAGUCAGUGGAAUCAAAUUGGGCUACCGCCUUGGGAUUUGCAUUCACCAUUUGAUAGCAUUCAGACAAUCCUGUCAACCUGGGGUCAGUGGCCAUUUGAUGACGAAAUGGAUCUUCGAUUGACACCUUGGGAAAUGGAACUCUACCAUGAUGUCAGUUUCGGUCACGACCGUCGAGAGCUGGCGCUGCAUUGCACGGCAGCCACCAUCCUGCAUUCGUAUGCGAAUGCACUGGGCCCUUGUCCCUGCGGAUGCCGGCAUCGUGGAUUUCAUCUCCUGACUCUCCGAACUGGGGGACUUCGUGGACAAUAUGUCAUCUCGAAGGAGACGGGGGCACCACGAUUUUUGCACCCCAAAGAAGCCGCACUUUUGCUGGGCGUACUGGGCAGUUAUGAGUUUGUCCAUGAAGUCAGAACUUCCCUUGCCAUGUUGGGACUAGUAGCUUCACCACUACAAGUCAUCUGGAUUUACGGACAUCUCCUGCGCAACCAUCGCAUCACCUUUCAGAAGCUCCCCUGUCCCAGAGUCGAAGACUGGCUACGUGCCUACAUGGGAGAAUUGAUGACUCAGGCAUCUCUUGGAUUUUCACCAGUUCCCACUCCAUGGACUUUGGACUUUUCCCUGCUUGGGUCAUCAAUGUCACUCAGCAUCAACCAGCCCAGAGUUUCAGUUGCACAACUGCUGCAAGCGGAACGCAUCUCCUUGAACUGGAAUGAAAGUAUCUCACUCUUUCACCAGGAGAAACGGCUUGGACUUGACGCCUUCUUGACUGCAGCAACUGAGACCUCCAUCCAGCUUCGCCUUCAGGCCGGCCAGGAUGACAGAAAGCAACCUACCCAGGCCAUUGUCAUUGCCAUCCAACAUCAAGAUCACCAUCAAGUUCACCUGGUUUCACCAGGCAGCUUUCUCUUCGAGAUCUUGGCUGAAAUUGGACUGCCAUUGGUUAGAAAGGUGUUGGACGUCCAUGACAAGAUCCUGCCGGUUGACUUGAGGAUUUGGCACCCGAUUGCUGUCAAGACUUUGACGGAAGCACCAUGGCACCAACCAUCUGGCUACUUCCGCCUGGCCCAUGGUCCUUCUCUUGACCCACAACGAGGUUUACACGAUGGCCAAAUCUGGGCUGGAAUUUGCCAACUCACUCAGGCUGUAUUUGGACACUGCUGUCCAAUGAUGAUCAUCCAUCCUGCGCUGGUUCCGGCACUCAAGCAUCAUUGGAUCUCUCCGAUCCAUGUCCAGCAAUUGCAGCUUCAAUUCCAAAAGACCAACAAGGAGAUUAUCUGCAUCGCCGAGAUUGAUGGCCACUGGAUUUUGCUCUAUGGCCGAGAACACAGGCAAUGUCUCCAAUGGAUUUUGCUGGAUGGCAUCCAGACCAACCUACACACCAAGGCCUUGGACUUGAUGGCCAAUCUCUCAACCAUCCUGGGUUUGGACUUUUGCCCUCCUCUCUCAGCCUGCUGGACACGGCAGUUGGAAAAGCACACAUGUGGCACUGUUGCCCUGGCACAUCUUUUCAUGUUGCUGAACCCUGGAUUUAUGGUUCCUGCAACUGCGAUUACCUGUCUCCACGACUGGAUUCUGCAACAGCUCCCAUUGCAGGGCAGCAUCUUUGCCACAGGUCCCAAUGAGCUUUCAACGGAUCAGAAGGAGAAGCUCUGCCGACUUCUCCAAGAACACGGAGUUCCUGAGUCCCAAGUACCAGGACGAAAUCAACAAGUCAUUCAGAAGCUGGGGGUCCCAGCCAUUGUGGCUGCCUUUGUGGCAAAGAAUAGCUGGUCUCAUCUCAAAGCAUCAGCCAACAAGCCUGGGGUCGCUCUUCGUCUUGUACUACCUGACGAAUUGGCACGACAUGCCGAGCGAACUGCGAUCUCAAAAUAUGGGGCUGGGAUCUCAAAUCACAAGAACAAGAAGAAGACAGAGAAAGGACCUGAACCAAUCCCUUCUCUUGAUCCCGCUGACCUCAUACUACAAGCAGGGCAUUUCAAGGAUGAAGAUGGUACUGCACUGUCCCAGAUCUCCUUUGCGGACAUUGAAGCUGAAGCGGGGGGCAUUGCCAUUGCGACAGUUCAACAAAGCCAACAAUGGCUUCAGCAGACAUCUUCCAUCAGCUCGCAAGCCCUUGCUAUCCUGACCACUGAGGAAUUACCCUCGGAACUGAGGCUCAAGUAUGACAUCUCCAAGACAUCUUUUCCCGCCACCUGCAAGGGCACUGGCGAACCCGUUCUGAUCUUUGGCUGCCUCAAAAAUCUGGGCGACAAGAAAGUCAACCGACAUCAAGCAGGUGAAUUGGCCCAGAUUGACAUCAUCCCAAAUGUUGUGGUCAGGCUCCAUGUUUACCGUGAUGAACUUCAAGCUCCAUGGCAAGACUUGGUCAAAUCUCCGGUUCGCCUGUUGAGCACUCUUCUUCUACCACUUCAACUCUGUGCGGGAGAUGGUUGUGGCCAUGAUUGCAGCAAGACCCAUCCGGCAGUUGGAGAAACACUUGACUCUGUUAUCAUGGAAGUUUGGGGCCGAUCCUUUGGGAAGAUAGAGGGUGGCAGAACUGGAGCUCCUGAAGCUACCUACUUCUCUGUUUUUCUUCGGGUCCCUGAAACUUCAUUGAGGCCAUUGCUACAAUCCAACGUUCAGGGCAUCUACAUGGAUCCACGACAAGACAGGGGACCAGAUGAUCGCUUCCGGGUUGUGUGGCUCACUUCACGCACCCUUGUUGAAGCCCAACAUGCUUGCAAGACCUGCCUCAAAGCACUUGGACUUGUGCGUCUUCGCUUCAAAUACGGCCUCAGAGUUGCGGCAGCUGACGAAGAAAUGGCCUUCAAGCAGCUGAAGCCAGAUGCCACAUUUAUUGCAACCAGAGUGCAACGUACUUUUCAGCUGUUCCCUCUGCCGCAUGGGCUGCAAAGAGCAGGCCUGAUCAAGAUCCUGAAUGAACUGCAGUGGACAGCAAAACCGCUGCAACCUGGCCGUGGACAACAAGAUGGAAUCUCAUGGCAGGUCGGAUCUACAGACCCGCCGCCAACUACAGUGUUCACCAGCUUUGGCAAGGAGGUUCUGAUCACAGAAACAACCAAGAAAGCGGUUGAGGUGAAGCCGGUCACGUUCUUGGCCUCUUCCAAAACUCAGAAGCACUUGCGUGCUGAAGCUGGCACAUCAUCACAAACUAUCACAAAUGCUGACCCUUGGCAAGAUGUGGAUCCAUGGAUGAGCUGGCGGCCAACCUCCACUGAAGCGCCGCCGCCGAAAUCUACCUUAGGCAAGAGUCAUUUGGCUGAGGUCACAGGCCAACUACGAGAAGAGCUGCAGGCAUCCUUUCGAAAGGAACUUGACGAGUUCAAGCAGAACCAGGAUGCCACAAUGCAAGACACUGCAGCACCUGCGACAGAAGAUCGCUUUCGACGAUUGGAGACCACCAUGGGGGAAAUCCAAGCACAGCAGAGCCAAUUCAACCAAUGGUUUACUCAAGUUGGCCAAGCAUCUUCUGCUACGGAGAAUGCCAUCCAGACGAUCAACUACACCUUGAGCACUCAUCAACAAGAGCUUCAAGGCUUGCACCAUGAGAUCAAGAAUGUUUCUGACACCAUGGGAGCCACCUUGCAGAAGACAUUGGCCAACCAUCAAUCUGAGAUGUCAUCAGACUUUGCUGCCAGAUUCGACAAGCUUGAGGCGAUCGGCAUCGGCCGUUUUCUUCUCUUUUUGGGGCUUUUGCCAAUUGCUUUUGCGAAUGAGUUCUCUAGCACCAUUGAUGUUCCGUAUGUGGCAGUGAACGUGAACAUCCCCUAUGGUGUGCAAGUUCGUCAAGAGCAACUUUUUGGACUGACUGGCCAGCGUAUUGGGGAAGCACAUCAUCCAGGACCAAUGGAGUUCCUCACCAUUGGCACCACCAAUCCUGGGGGUAUGCGCAACAAAGAGCCUCUAGCAGUUGAACAAGGAUGUGGAAUUUGGAGCUAUGCUGAAACUCAGCUUUCCAAAGUCACUCAGGUUUCUGCUGCAAAAGCUUUGAAGUUCCACGCUAGUCAAGCUGGCAGACAUCUCAGAGUACACUAUGGAGCACCUGCUGCGCUCAGAUCACGGUCCACAUGGGCCGGCUCGUGGACAGGUGUGGCUUGCACCAGUGAUUUCCCGUCCAAACGUCUUCAAGUUCCAUGGCCAGACGAGUUUUGGACCUCAGGACGAGUUCUGGCGACACAGCAUUUUGUUGGCCAUCAUGUGGCUACAGUGAUCACCAUCUACGGCCUGCCCAAAGGCCCAACUUGGCCCAAAGCUGCAGCUCUCACGAAUGAAAUCCUGCAGUUUGUCACCAAGGAGUUUGUGAUAGGAUACCAGGGGAUAGUCAUUAUCAAUGGCGACUUCAACCAUGGUCCCCAAGAUCUCCCAUGUUUUUCAGCCUGGAGAGCCUAUGGGUAUAACUCUGCACAGGAGUUAGCACACCAGAGAUGGCAUCAAGCCAUCACCCCAACCUGUAAAGGUGCCACAGAGCGAGACAUGCUGUGGCUCUCUCCAAUGGCUAGUUCCCUAUGCCAGGCGGUGAACAUCCAAGAGGUUUUUCACGACCAUGCUUCUGUGUCAGUGCAACUGAACAUAGAAAUUUUGCGUCCAUCAAUCCACACUUGGCCCAGACCCAGUGAAGUGCCAUGGCCCCAAGUCAAGCUUGAUGAAUGGCACCAACACUGUGAAACUAUUGAACUCCCUACACCAGAUGAUUCCACAGACAUGAUGAAAGAGCUCGGCAAAUCUUUUGAACGUUCGUUGGCCGGCUUUGUCACUGAGUUCCAGUCAGCAUCACUGUCUUCUGCGCACUGUGGGCGUGCUCAAAGACUUCAACCUGCCCAUGUGAUGCCUUCCGCCCCUACCUGCAGGGCUAGCAGACCGGGCGAAGCUCAUUUGGUUGCUGACACAGUUGGCAAGGCGGUUUUAGUUUGGUUCAAACAACUUAGAAGGCUGCAGAGUUUCCGACAUGCAGCUUGCGCAGGGCAACAACAUGAAGCCGCUGUGCAAUACAGAAUUGAGCUCUGGUCAUCUAUCAGACGGGCAAAAGGUUUUGAUCCCACUUUUGAGGAAUGGUGGAUGAAGCAAGAUUUUGCUCUUGCCUUGGGACCUCUUCCCAUCACUCCUCCGACUGCUGCUCUUGCGGUGCUCAUCUACCAGGCUUUUCACCAUGCGUUUCGUGAAUUUGAAAGAUGGCACCUGCAACAGCGACAGAAGAUCCUUCAGGCCAAGUAUGACAAGACGAUGAAAGGCCUUUUUCAGGAUCUACGAAAAGCCCGUCCUGAUCAGGUGGAUUCAUUUUGGGACACUCAAACGUUUGAUGUUGUGGCCAUCAAAGUUAGCACCAAUGGCAUUUUGCUACACCAACCAGUGCCUACCCAACAUGAGGGCCAAUGGUUUUUUCAAGGCCAACCUCUUGCAGUGCAAGGAUCAGUUGAAGAAUUGCUGAUUCUGACCCACAUGCCGGACAUCUCAGUUGGUGAUAAUUUGGAAUUUCAUCAUCACACAGCCACCACUCCACAAGUUCACCAAUGUUUAGAGCACUUUUGGAAACCACGGUGGACUUGUGAAAAUUUGCAAAGUGAAGAUACAUGGCAACGCAUGGCCAACUUUGUCCAAGCGUUCAUGCCCAAGUUGCCUUUGGUUGUUCCUCCUUUGACGGUCGAAAUGUGGAAGAAGGCACUGCAACGUUUCAGACCUGCAGCUGCGCGUGGUGCGGAUGGGUGGGCACGUUCAGACUUGCUCAACAUGUCACCCUUCCACACUAGACAGCUGAUUGCGCUUUUGUCUGCAAUUGAAGACAACCAGACUGAGUGGCCGAAGCAACUUUUGGAAGGAUUGGUCAUUGCCAUUGCCAAGUGCGAUGAUGCACAUCGCCCCAAUGAAUAUAGACCUAUCGUCUUACUCUCCAUCAUCUACAGAUGCUGGGCUUCUCUUAGAGCACGGCAGAUGCUGGCACAACUGGAGAUGUACAUCCACAGUGAUGCGCAUGGUUUCCUGCCUUCACGUGAACCGGGGCAAACCUGGCUUCAUAUUCAAGCUGCAGUUGAGACAGCCAUCCAAUCCAAACAGCAAUUGGCUGGCAUUGGCACUGACUUUGUCAAGGCUUUCAACUGCAUCAGUCGUAAGCCACUCUGGUUUCUUGCGGAAGCGGUAGGGAUUCCAAACACCUUGCUGCAUCCAUGGCGAAGUUUUGUCCAGAAGUUUACCAGACGGUUUGUGGUAUGCGAUGAAGUCAGCAAAGCCCAUCUCUCCACCAGAGGUUUUGCUGAGGGUUGUCCUUUGAGCGUGUUGGCAAUGGCAUUGGUUGACUGGAGUUACCAAUUAUACCAGAUGCAUUUUGCUCCAGCUGUUCGCCAUUUUUCGUUUGUUGACAACAUCUCCAUGUUGGCUCGUCAAGCACACUUGGUGGCUUGGGCUUUUUUCACCUUGCGUGCUUUUCUCACCAUGUGGGGCCUUACCUUAGAUUUAGAGAAGACUUAUGCCUGGGCCACCACAACUGAAGGCCGCAAGCAAUUGGCUCAACUGAAUGUGCAGGUAGUGGAAGACUUUGGCGAGCUUGGAGGUGCACUCUCUUUCACAGCAGCGCACCGAGUGCGUAUCUAUGCAAAGCGGGGUGAAGCACUGCUAGAGCGAUGGCAACAGUUGAGACGCUCAAAGGCGCCACUGUCACAAAAAUUGAGGGUUCUCCCCAUUGUUUUUUGGGCAAAGGCGAUGCAUGGCACUCUGAGUUGUCUGUCCUCGGAUAGCCAUGUGCACAAACUUCGCACACAGGCCAUCAAACAUCUCGGCCUUCAAUUGGCAGGAGCAAAUCCGUUUUUGCGGCUCUCACUGGCCACACCGGCAACUGCUGACCCAGGGUUUUAUCAACUGCGCACAGCGAUUUUGGACUUCAGAAGACUUUGCGCAAAAAGCCCUGAUUUGCUGAUUUACUGGCGGGGCUACAUGGACCGCUAUGACGGCACUUUGCGAGAUGGGCCUUUCUCAAAGAUCAUGCUCAUACUCAAUAACAUUGGUUGGAGAGUUUGUGAACCACCAAUUUUGCAAGAUCAUGAUGGUUUUGAGUUUGACCUUUUCACCACUGCACGUGGGACCAUCGACAUGUUUGCUGCCCAACGAGAGGAAUGUGCUGAUUUUUUGUCAUGGGUCGAUGAACUGCCUUUGUGCGCUUCGAUGCACUUACUGGCGCCAAGAUCACCUUUUGUGCUGCCUCUGAAGCGCUAUUUCAUGGACUUGCCAGACACCAGCCGAGAGUUCAACUGUGCUCCCAGGUCUGCCUGGGCUGUUGUUAAUGCCACCAAUGGGGAUAACAUAAGUCAUGGUUGUGUCCCUGGCUUGCUACAAACCAUUGGAAGAGCUGAACUCUGGGCGCUGAUCUCGGCUGUGGAGUGGGCCAUCACUUUUGAGGCUGAAGUUGUGAUCUGGACGGACUCAGCGAGCACUUGCAGCAAAGCUUUGAAAUUGCUGCAGAAUGACACCCAGCUUGAUGAUGGAGAUAACCAAGACCUUUGGCAACGACUUGCAGCUGCAUUGAGGCAGACUUACGCUGAUCAGAUUGACAUUCGCUGGAUCCCUUCACAUGUUGACAUUUCUCUUUGUGAAACCUCCCAUGAAGAGUUUCUGGCAACUUGGAACAACAUAGCGGAUGUUCAAGCAGUGCUGGCAAACCGCCACAGGGGUUCUGACUUUGAGCGCUUAUUGGCGGAUGCGGCUGAUUACUACAAGGAAUGGGAUUCCAAAUUGCAUAUCUUGCGCGAUUUCUACUUGAAAAUCGCGGAACAGAAGACCGAACCACUGGAAGUGAUUGAUUUGACGGAUGAAUCCGACAUUUGGAUUCAGAAGAUCUCAGGCGUUCCACUGGGUGAUGCUCUCUCGGUCGACUGGCAACAUCAACUUAGAUUGCGCAGUGAGUCUCUAGCACUACCGGCUGAAUUCGUUUCUAGUUUGAUUCAAAUUUGCAUCGCUGAGGAUUUAUUUUUGCGGCCAACGUUGGCAUUUGUGGCACAGAAGGUGCGCCAGGGUCUCACACGUGGACUCAAGGCCUUGGGAUUGACGGAUUAUCUUUGUGUUGGUUUGAACAGGCAGCUGAUGUGGCGAGACCGAUCGCAUAGACCUGUCCGCGGCGGCUGCGGCACUGCUGCUUUGCUGUGCCCAGCGAUAGGCGCUGCAGAAGCGCAAGAACUGCGCGGUCUCGAAGAUCGUGUCCUGUGA